CGCUGAUGUAAAUGGAAAAAAUGUUGAUGAGAGGACAGUUCUGCACGAUGCUGUCACAGAAAGUACCCUUGAGAUGGUUAGAUAUCUUGUAGAAAACGGCGCUGAUGUGAAUACCAAGUUUACAGACGGGUGGACAGUGCUGCACUCAGCUGUUAAUAAAGAUAGGCUAGAAAUUGUGAAACAUCUUGUUGAAAACGGCGCUGAUGUAAACGGAAAGGAUACUUACGGUUGGACAGUGCUUCACAGUGCAGUUACUAAUGGGUCGUUAGAAAUGAUAAGAUAUCUCAUUAAAAACGGCGCAGAUGUAAAUGGUAAGGAAAAUAGCGGGUGGACAGUGCUCUACUACGCUGUCACUGAAGGUUCGCCUGAAAUUGCAAAACAUCUCGUUGAAAACGGCGCUGAUGUCAAUGGGAAGAGUAUUGAUGAGACUACAGUGCUUCACGAUGCUGUUUUGGAAAGUACACUGGAAAUGGCAAAAUAUCUUGUUGAAAAGGGCGCAGAUGUAAAUAGCCAGAAUGCUCGCGGGUGGACAGUGCUACACAGCGCUGUUACUAAAGGUACGCUAGAGAUGCUUAAAUAUCUUGUUGAAAAGGGAGCUGAUGUGAAUGGCAAGAUGACUAAUGGUUGGACAGUGCUGCACUCUGCUGUUGCUCAAGGUUCUCUGGAAAUAGUAAAAUAUCUUAUUGAAGAAGGUGCCGAUUUUAAUGGAAAGGAUUCUGACGGGUGUACAGUGCUGCACAUUGCGGUCACCAAAGCUACGCUUGAAAUCGUAAAAUAUCUUGUUGAAAAAGGCGCUAGUGUAAAUCAAAAGGAUACUGACGGGUGGACAGUGCUGCACAGUGCUUGUAGUAAAGGUACGCUAGAAAUAGUGGAAUACCUUGUCAGAAGAGGGGCUGAUGUAAAUGGCAAAAAUUCUAAUGGUUCGACAGUGCUCCAGAUUGCUUGUACAAAAAGUACUCAAGAAAUAGUGAAAUAUAUUGUUGAAAAGAGCGCGGAUGUAAAUGGUAAGAAAGAUAACAGUGGGGGAGUGCCGCACAAUGCUAGCACUGGAAAUACGCUGGAAAUGGUAAAAUUCCUUAUAGAAAAUGGCGCUGAUGUAAAUGGCAAUAAUACUACCGGCUGGACAGUGCUGCACACUGCUGUUGCAAAAGGUUCCCUAGAAAUUGUGGAAUAUCUCGUUGAAAAAGGCGCUGAUGUAAAUGGAAAGAAUGCUAACGGCUGCACAGUACUACACUGUGCUGUUUCUGAAUGUACACUUGGAACGGUGAAAUAUCUUGUUGAAAAAGGCGCUGAUGCAAAUGGAAACGAUAAUGACAGGUCGUCCGUACUGCACUGUGCUGUUACUGAAGUGCUGAACGCCGCUGUUUCAGAGGGUACCCAAGAAAUCGUAAAAUAUCUCGUUGAAAAAAAAGCUGAAGUGAAUGGAAAGAAGACUGCCGGUUGGACAGUGCUUCACAAUGCUGUUACGAAUAGUACGCUAGAUAUGGUAGAAUAUCUUGUUCAAAACGGCGCUGAUGUAAAUGGAGAGAAAACUGACGGGAGUACAGUGCUUCAAAGUGCUGUUACUAAAGGCACGCUGGAAAUAGUAAAAUACCUCGUGGAAAAAGGUGCUGAUGUUAAUGGUAAGAAGACUAAUGGUUGGACAGUGCUUCACAAUGCUGUUACGAAUUGUAUGCCAGAAAUGGCGAAAUAUCUCGUUGAAAACGGCGCUGAUGUAAAUGGAACGAAUGCGCACGGUUGGACAGUGCUUCAUCAUGCUGUUACGAAUGGUACGCUGGAAAUGGUGAAAUAUCUCCUUGAAAACGGCGCUAAUGUAAAUGGAAAGAGUGUUUACGGUUGGACAGCGCUGCACGCUGCUGUUACUAAAGGUACGCUGGAAAUAGUAAAAUGUCUUGUGGGAAAAGGUGGCGAUGUAAAUGCAAAGGAUACUAGCAGGUGGACAGCGCUGCACUUUGCUGUUGCUGAAGGUACGCUAGAAAUGGUGAAAUACCUCGUUGAAAAGAAAGCCGAUGUGAAUGGUAAGAUUACUAACGGGUGGACAGUGCUGCACGUCGCUGUUACUUCAGGUACGCUGGAGAUGGUAAAAUAUCUUGUUGAAAAAGGUGCUGAUGUUAAUGGCGAGGAUACUAACGGAUUAACAGUUUUACAUUAUGCUGUUACUAAAGGUAGUCUAGAAAUGGUAAAAUAUCUCGUUGAAAACGGCGCUGGUGUAAAUUGCAGUAAGAGUGAUGGGUGGACAGUGUUACACGUCGCUGUUACGAAUGGUUCGCUAGAAAUGGUAAAAUAUCUCGUUGAAAACCACGCUCGAGUUAAUGCUAAAGAUAAUAACGGGUUGACAGUCCUGCACUAUGCUGUUACUAACGGUACGUUAGAAAUGGUGAGAUAUCUUGUUGAAAACGGCGCUGAUACCAAUGGCAAGGUUAGUGACGGGUGGACAGUACUACACUCUGCCAUUACUCAAUGUAUGCUAGACAUGGAAAAACAUCCAGUUGAAAGAGGUGCUUAUAUCAAUACUAAGGAUACUGGCGGUUGGACAGUGCUGCAAGGUGUUAUCACUUUUGGUAGUCUAGCAUUUAUAAAAAAUCUUUUCGAACAAAGCGCUCAGCUAUAUGGAAAGAAGGCUAACGGCUGGACAGUGUUGCACUCUGCUGUUACUAAAGGUACGCUAGAACUGGUGAAAUAUCUCGUUGAAAAGGGCGCUAAUGUGAAUGGCACGAUGACUGACGGUUGGACAGUGCUGCACAGUGCUGUGUCUGAAGGUAGGCUGGAGAUAGCAAAAUAUCUUGUAGAAAUGGGUGCUGGUGUAAAUGGAAAAAGAACUGAUGGAUGGUUAGUAUUCCACGCUGCUAUCGAUGCUCGCAGACUGGAAAUUGUCAUGUAUUUACUUGAACAAGGUGCUGUUAUAACUCCGAAAAGUAAUAUCGGUGUUCAUGCUCUUGUCUUGGACGUCCUGAAGAUGGCUCUGGCAAACAAUUCCGUCGUUUUGUUCAAUCGCUUAUGGGAAAAGAACAACGCUUUGUGGAGAGCUGGAACAUUUCUUUUUGAAGAAAGGCAAAUAAGUCUUCUUGAAUGGAGUAUUCACCUUGGUCAUGACGAAAUUGCAACUAUCCUCAAAAAGUCCGUAAAACAUCGCGAGCAAAUUCAAAUGUUAAAAGCAAGGAAUUGUAACCAGUUAGACAAGGUAAUAUAG